AUGGUCGCCGAUUUCAUUUACAACUCCCCGACCGGCACGGGCAACCGCCGGGUUGCAUUGCAUCAUUGCCUCCAGCAGCUUGCAUCGCCAAACCCCACUCGCUCUCUCCUAUAUUCACUGUCGCGACUCACCUUCGAAAUGACACCCAUGCGCGCGGCAACCAGGGCCGUCCAUCCAGAUGCCUUCCCUGCGCGUCGGCCUGCCAUGUUACCAAGUGGCGGCUUUGCAACGCCCCUCUCUAAACGGCGGAAUAUCUCAAAUGCGAUAAGUCAGUCCGGAAGAUACUCAUACAGCACAGCCCCUGUCGAUACCACACAGCCUGUCAUUCACGAUGUCUUUGAGUCAAGGACAGGAACCUGGCAAUACGUCGUUGCAGACCCAGCGACGAAAGCGGCGGUCAUCAUUGACCCAGUCCUGGAUUAUGACCGCACAACUCAAAUUAUCACCACUUCUUCAGCUGACGAGUUGCUUCGAUUGGUCAAAGAAAAGGGCUACCGAGUCUUGCGGAUCCUAGAAACUCAUGCACAUGCAGAUCACCUCACUGCAGCUUCGUACCUACAGAAGCGCAUCGCAGAGGAGCAUGGUAACAGGCCACAGAUUGGCAUCGGACGGCGCAUCGGACAGGUACAGGACUUAUUCGGCCAACGAUAUGACGUGCCCAGCCAAGAGCGUCAUGGUGCUUUUGACAAACUCUUUGAAGACGAUGAGAGUUUUAGCAUCGGUAACCUGAGCGCGACUGCCAUUCAUCUCCCCGGGCACACGCCUGACCAUCUGGGCUAUAAGAUCGGAGACAAUGUGUUCUGCGGUGACUCCCUUUUCCACGUGGACAUUGGGACUGCUCGAUGUGACUUUCCUGGGGGAAGUGCCAACAACCUUUAUCACUCGGGCCGCAGGCUUCUUAGUCUUCCAGACCACGUCAAAGUUUGGACAGGCCAUGACUAUCCCCCGGACGAUCGAGAAGGCCCAGUGCCAUGGAUGACAGUCAGCGAUCACAGAAAGCUAAACAAACACUUACGGGACGGUAUCACCGAGGAGGAAUUCGUUGCGCAACGCAAAGAGCGCGAUGCUAAGCUCGGUGAGCCAAAGCUACUUCACCAGUCUCUGCAGACAAACAUCCGAGCUGGCAAGCUGCCACAACCAACGGCUUCUGGGCAUCGUAUGCUUCGUGUACCUAUGAAACUUGGAGACCUGCAAUGUUAUCUACGGAGGCUAGCGCCGCCAGAAUGGGCGGUUUUGAGUGUGAUGGGGAUACGAAAGUUGGUGGCGAUCAUCGAGAGCCUCAUUCCCGGCUACAUGUAA